CGACGCCAAACUAUGCCAAUAGCCGAGUGAAUUAUACAUGUACAUGCCUGAUGUCCCAAACCUGCAGGUGGAGAAGUCAAUGCUAAUCACUGACACCAAGCAUGGUAGUAUCAAGCAAAAGGACCAAUUGAACGAGAGUUAAUUUCAAUCAGCCAUGAGGACUGAUAAUUGAUCCACUGCAUACUGUUCACUGAGAAAGAAUUCAAAGCCAAAGUUUCCAGAAACGUUGACUAUUAAAGAGACUUUCUUUGGGCUUUGGACUUACUGAAGUUGACUUACAUGUACCACUGUCAUAUAUUUUACCAGCAAACAAGGUCUUCAACACUGGGAUUACUAGAGUUGAAAUGGAAGAUCUGCAUGAUUCAAAUGAAGCGGCCAGGCUCAUUAUGCAACCUCAAACUGAUCAAGUAUCUACCACUUUGUUAAGAGCGCAUAAGGAAGAAGGUGCAUUCUCAACUUAUGUGGAUAUCAGUAGCACUACCAAUAUUCUGCAUGAAGAAAAUAAUGGUUUUCGUGAAUCAGUUGAUGAUGUUGAUGAAAAGCCAGGUUACGAGGUACAUGUAAAGGAUGACAAAGCUACCUUCAACAGUUUGGAUCCUAAUGAAGAGUUAUCUUGUGUUAUAAUUCCAGCUUGUGAAGAGUCCAUGCAACCAAUGCCAACUGGUUGUGCUGGUAACACUUUGGUAAUGGAAUCCACCUGUUCUGGCGAAGUCUUCUCCUCUUUGCUUUCAGAAAGUGAGGAGUCGGGUAGCCCAUUAACUAUAUCAUCUGGUUUAGCAAAUGAUAGAGUGGACUCAUCUACAUCCAGUCAUGACACAGUGAAUGGGGUACAGCUUCCUUCAACUCUUGUAGACACAAACAUACCAGUCUUCGAAGAUCAAGAUUUUGAAACAAACCUUGAUGAAUAUUCCCAAACAACAAAUGAUCUAAUAAACGUGCCAGCAAAAAUGGAAAAGGGAGUUGUUCCAAAUGAAAAUGGCAAGGCAAAGGUAGAUCAAACAUUUUACGCCAUCAUGGUGCCACACGUUUCAGAUAUCUCAUCUUCAGAUGAAGCGAAUAAGAGGGUGACAAACCUUGAGCAUGGAUUUGAGUGUCCAGCUCAAAAAGAGGAUGAACCCUGUGGUCUAAACUCACCUCAGGGUGCUCAAACAGCAUGUGGCAAUUUUGGCAUGGUACAUGUAUGUGCUCAUGAAGGGAAUUCCCACAGUGUAACUUUAGCAGAGGAAAGUACAAGUUUUGAAGAGUCAAAUGAACAAACUUUAAUAUCUUUGUUAACAUACAAUGAUGUUCCAGAUGACUUGCAAACUAUAUCUUUAACAAGAGCGUGUUCUUGUAAGGACUCGAGUUCCGUCGUUCACAAAAAGGAAGAAUUUUAUAAUCCAGUUCUAAAUUACCCAAAUCCCUUUCUUCAAGGUUCAGAGGAAGAACAUAUUGAAAGACCAUUUGAUGAUGAUGCAGAUCAAAAUGCACCAGUACAACAUGUUACAAGUGGUUCUGAUGUUAUGUUCAACUUAAAUGAUCAAAAUACAAGCUUUUCUGUUCAAGUGUCCAAGCCCAAUAUCUACACUAUUGAGGCAAAAAGUAAAAUUAAUCUGUAUCAAGAGCUCCAAGUUCCAAGUGAAAAUGGCACUACAUUAUGUGACUGUGAAGAAUUAAUAAGCCCAAGUAAUCAAGCGUUUACAAGCCCAUGCCUAGUUCAUGAAAAAUUUACCGACAAAGUUGAUCAAGAGUUUACCUCUUUAGGUCCAAGUUUUAUUUUCCCGAUGCCCCCAUCUCCAUUACCAAAUAAUACGGUAUCCAGCAAUCCAUUAGCUGACCUCAACAGACCAAGUGAAGUACAGUGUGUUGAACACCAAGGAAGCUCAUCACCCCAGGGAAGCUGUUCACCCAAUGAAGAAAAUAUCAUUAGCCUGGUACAUUGUGACAAGGACAUCCCAAGUGAUCACCAAGGCCUUAGUUGUUUAGUUGCAGUUUGUGAAGAAAACACCAGCCCAAUACCAUCUGGUCAUCAUCAGUCUGAAAUGCAGACACCAUUGCCAGAUUGUAAGGAGUUGACCAACCUUCUUGUGAUUCCUAACAGCCAAUCUCACCAAGUGCCUUCAACAGAUGAAGUACUUUGCUCACCUUGUGAAAGUGUUGUACAUGAAGGACUGAAUGAUUCAGUUUCAAAAGAUCGAAACAGUGACACUUGUGAUCAUGAAGAUCACACUACAUUGUCAGGUUUUCAGGAAUUAAGCAACUUAUUAGCUAGUGAAGAGGAGACCAUCCCAUUGACAACAGUCAUUGAUAAUUCUGUAUCACAGUCUCUGGUAAAUGAAGAACUGAUUAUUGCAGUUCCAGUUGAUAGGGAGAAUGGCACAUCUGAUGGUACUAUGCCAGAUGGAGAAGAUUCAUUUGAUAAUCAUUCUGAUUUCUCUCCCUGUAAGGAGUCAAACAGUGUAGUGUCAAGUGGGCAUGUUCUUGUAGGCGCCAGUCUGUUUCCGUCUGCAGAAACUCUAUCUUCAUCACCCCCUCUUCAUGAAGAAACAGCCAACUUGACUCCAGCUAAUAUAAUCGAUGAUAUUUCCCACAGCCCAGAAUCAUAUGUCUCACCGUCCAACAUUUCUACACCAGUGAAUAGACUGAACACUUUUCAGCCUACAACUGAGAGUCAUUUUUUCUUGGACUGCUUUAAGGCCAACAAAGAAGGUAGUAAGCAGCUCAAAUCUUCCUCAGGUGACAGAGAUGAGCGGAUUCCCAGUAAAGUCAGAAUCAUCGAAAGAACAGAUACGGAAGUUCACAGUUCUGACCAGGCUGUUCCUGAUUGUGAGGCUUCCAGUCUCACCAGUCAACCCAAAUCAGACACGGAGCCCUUCUAUCAGGACACCAUUCGUGAUUGUGAAGCUUCAAGGCCAACCUAUCAACCCAGAUCAGACACUGAGUCAUUUUAUCAGGAUGCAGUACUGCUAAGAAGAAAUGAUGUGAAGCCCCAUAAUCUAUCACAAAACAGUGUGUUUAGCUGGGAUAGAGUUGACAUCAUCCAUGACACCCCAGUAGAAAAAGACAGCAACAGUGAAGGAAGUUUAUUUAAGGUAUUGCCACUGAAGACAUGUAUGAAACCAAGGAGAGUUGGCUUAUCUAAAAGGCAGAAGCUCCCACCUCUCCACCAUAAGGUUAGGAAGCCCCCAAUCUAACCCUCAACUGAGAGUGGGACAACCUGUGCCAUAGAAAUUUGACGAUGGUUUCUUCAUAUUAAACAUUGUUGCUAGUUCACACACAAUAUUUGUUUAAGGUUACACAUCUGGACAAUUGGGUCCAAGAUUUAUCUUUGGAAAUGAGAAAUGAAAGAAGACUGAUUUGAUACACUUUUUAGGUUGUUGAUGCGCUAUAAAUUUCUGCACUGCUGUUUUGCAUCUAGUUAAAAUAUAUCAGAAUUUGGUCUGUUUUGAACAGAACUGAAAACUGUUUGCGUAGUGUUGCUACCCACCUCCCUGGAGGUUACCAAGGUAACAAAAUGCUGUGACUUCAUUUCCAGCAAUCGCAGCUCAAAACAGUGGUGGUCGUGCUAGAUUAAUUUCUUGAUACGUUGUAGAGAAAAGAUCAAGAUGCAUGUGGUAGUGUGGCCUGAUAGCGUAUGAAUGUUAGGGUGUAUAUAUUUUUGAGGUUGAAGUUGACAAAUUUAUCACAUGAAUAGUAAACAAAAUGAAUCAGUCUUACCUUGUUACUUUAAACUGUACUAUGAAUUAUUACAACAUAAUGUAAGUUUAUUUCUGGAAUAUAUCUGUACUGGUGCUAUGCCCUUUCUUGUAACAUUUUGUUCAUGCUCCCUGUUUAUUAUAAAUUAACUGUGAUAUAGUUUAGCUGUGAUAUAGUUUAAUGUUAUUACCCAAUACCAGUAAUAGCAUUCUGAGUGAGCAGGGAAUAUUCAUAUAUUUGGAUGUAUUUAUAGUACUCUGGAACACAUCCUAAUGGGGUACAGCUAUUUUCUUAAGUCAGUUGGAUUUAUAUAAUGUCUUUAACUUUUUUUUUUAAGUUGUACACUGAAACGAGAGUUCACCAGAUUUGCUUUUAAAGAAAUGGGACAGGAAGUAUGGAAAGAGUAGUAUAUCAUUUACAUCAUUUUUAGUGACAAAAAGCAUAGAGGUAAUAGUUAAUCACUCUGAAUCUCUCCUUUUCUAACAAAUUUAGUAAAAAUUUAUGUAUAACAAUGUUUAUUGCCAGAAUAGCCUGUGGAAUACAUGGUUAUAAGAAGGAAGUGAAGUCUCUGAGUGCUGCAACUUGUGUGGGGUUUAUGAAAGGAAUUUUGAUGUGCAUAGUGCAAGUUCGUUGUUAAAUUUCUUGUCAUGUUCUAGAUUAAAACUGUUUUCAAAAUAAGUGACUUUCAUUCUUUAAAUUCUGUCAAUAAAAUAUGGGUAAAAAGGUUCAUUGUAAAAUAGCUGUUUCCCGUUUCACAUUUAGUCUUGUCAGCCUAUUAUUUAAAGUGAACAAAAAGGCAGCCACU